AUGGCACUAGAUGGGAUUGGUUGGGUGGGCGUGGGAUUGGCCGCUACCCCUGAUGCAAGAUGGCACGAAACACUUGCUUCAAUACCAGUACAAGUCUCGUCGGUGUCUGCAUCGACACAGACCUCGCGUCCCGCCACACCACUGACACAGGGCGCGUGGCGGGCCAGCGCCGUGACGCGACAGGGACUCGGGAUGUCAGCUGGUACGGAGGUGAGACCGCAACGAGCUAAGCGGUCGUCAGGUACACAUAAUUCAACAAGACUUGUCAGGGAGAUGCAGCAACAAGAGGCUUUGAUGCACGCUGUUCUGGAGCCCAGGCGAGUGGUUGGGAGUAGCGGACAACACAUGCAGCCUGUACAGCAGCAGCAGCAGCAGCAGCAGCAACAGCAGCAGGCAGGAGGGAGGGCGGUGGUUAUGAAGGCAGUGGAUGGAGCGGACGGGUACAGCGAGGCCACUGAGUCCCUAAGCGGGAUGCUGAUGGCGUUAGUGAGGCAGGAGCUGCGGGAGUGUGAGCUGGUAAUAGCUUACGACGGAGGCUACAGCGACCCCGCCAUCCUGCGUCACCUGCUGCUGCUGGACAACGUGCGUCAGGUGCUGGAGGUGAGAGAAGCGGAGGACCUGCUGAGGGCGGUGUGGGCGUCGCCAGGCUGCCGAGGGUACCUACUGCUGCUCCACGACCCGCUGCCGCUGCUUGCCUUCGCCGACAUGCACCGCGAUGUCUGGGACUACGACGGCAAGUACGUGGUGGUGGGAGGGUCGUUGCCUCACCUGCUGCAACUCACCAAGACGGACAAAGGCAGGAAGACGCAGCAUCUGGUGGGCGCCGUGCAGAGUGAGGCGGCGGGAGAGUGGCGGGUGUACAUGAACCAGCAGUACUGGGCCAAGGGGCUGCUGCCCGUCACCACCUGGCUGCGACACUCCUUCACCUCAGACGUGGGCCUGUUCCCCGACAAGCUGUCUGACCUGCGUGGCGCCUUGCUCAGGGUGGUGACGUUCGUGUGGGAGCCGAGCAUCAUGUACCGGCGCGCGGCUGACGGGUCCCUGCUGGAGCGGUACGGCGUGGACAUAGACGCCAUUGGUCUGCUCGCUCACACAUUGAACUUCACGGUCCGCUAUGAGGAGCCGCCGCCAGGGGAGUUGUGGGGGCGGCAGUUGGAGGACGGUUCUUGGGACGGCAUUAUGGGUUUUCUGGACCGGGACGAGGCGGACAUCGGCGUGGCCAAUAUGUUCUUGUCCUACUGGCGCAUACAGGUGGUGGAAUUCACGGCGCCUUACGACCUGGAGGCGUCGUGCUUCCUCGCCCGAGCAGAACCGCCCCUACCACGCUGGCAGGCCCUGGCUUUCCCCUUCCAGUGGGACACGUGGGUCGCCAUACUCCUGGGCCUGGUGGUGUCCGGUCCUCUGCUUCACCUCCUCGCCGCCCUGGGCAGCUCAUGGGGCGAAUGGCGGAGUGCGGGCGAUACUGCACGGCUGGCGCCCAGCUGGUUGUAUACCUUCGGUUUGCAUCUUCGCGAGGCACAGGUGCGCCUCCCUCGGCAACCCGGCACGCAGGUUCUGGUAGCGUUCCUGUGGGUAUACACCAUGAUCGUCACCAUCGCCUACAGCACCAACCUGACGGCUUUCCUGCUGGUGAAGAAGCUGCCUGCCUCCAUCGAGACCCUAGAACAGCUGUCACAGUCCAGCCUGAAGGUGGCCGGGGUCGGGGAGCUGUUCAUGACGGAGCUACAGGAGGCCAGUGACCCCAAUGUCAAGUCACUGGCGAAGAAAUUUGAGGAGCAAUCGUCGAAGCAGGAGGCGUACCAGAAAGUGCUGGCUGGAGAGGCAAUGUUCGUGGAGAACCGAGGCUACGUGGAGUUCGUGGCUAAGAUCAAAUACUCGAGGGGAGGCGAGUCCCGCAUGAGGGUGAUGAAGGAGUGCUUCGCCCCAAACAACAUCGUGAUGGCGGUGCAGCGACGCUCGCCCCUGAAGGCUAAAGUGGAUCAGGUGAUCGACUGGAUACGAGAGGGCGGCUUCAUCCCUCACUCCUUCAGCACCUCCCUCAGGAAAGCCUCCACCAGCAAGGAAUACAUCAACUGGAGCUCUGAGGAUGAAGGAGAAGAGCGUCAGGGAGAGAAGGAGGAGGAACAAGAUAAAGGAAAGAGCGAUGGCCUCAUUCCCCUCAACCUGGACCACCUGCAAGGAGCUUUCAUCCUCUCUUAGCGGGACUCCUCGCCGCCGCGCUCGCUUUCCUGCUGGAGAUGGGGUGGACCAUAACCAGUCCUGUCUAACACGUUAUGAGCCGCCCACUCACCAUUGCUGUUCAGGCGUGGGCGUCUCCAGGGGGUUCUAAUGCUUGGCUUUUCACCUGCAUGAAGAGAGAGAGAGAGAGAGAGAGAGAGAGAGAGAGAGAGAGAGA